UUAUUUUGACAAAGCUUACUUUUCAAUAAAAUUGAAUAUGUAGUAUUUUUUUAAUAUUAAAAAAUAAACACCCAUUUUAUACCUCUUGAAAUAUGCCGGGUCGAAGCAAAAGUCGUUCUCGCUACUCCCGCGCCGAGCAACAUGCGCCAGCAUCACCACCUCGCAUCAUAGUCACGCCUACACCGCAGCGCUCCAUGUUCCGAGAUGCAGCCGCUGUGGCAGGCGGCGUCACUGUGGGCACAACUAUGGGACAUUUAGCGGGGGAAGCGAUAAGCAGCAUGUUUGGUGGAGGCCGUCGGCACCAAGAGGUCGUUCAACAACUGCCGCGAGACUACCAACUGGGUUCAGAGCCCAGCGGGCCCUGUGCAUAUGAGAUUGCGCAGUUCUUACAAUGUGCCACGAACAGGGAAAAUUUGCAAGAGUGUGAAGCUUUCAACGAAGCGCUCAGGGAAUGUAAGCGGCGGAACAGAAUACCAUAGAAUUUGCAUCUAAUCCAAUAUACCACAUCAAACAAUAACUUUUUGUAAUAAAGGGUUAAUAAGUAA